UCAUACUAUACGAGCCGCAUGUUCAUCAUCACAAGUGUUGCUUGCAACUCCCGACAACCAUUCAACAUCCACUGCAUCCUCAGCCUGCUACGCGCACAGCACACUCGGAUUUGCAGCAAAAACAUCAAACCGGAGACGUUUCCGUCAGCACGCCUGGAGAGUUGGAGAUCCGCAGGUAAAUUGCAGUGCUGCUGCUGCUGCUGCUCCGACGUGUGGUCGACAUGCUGGGGAUCUGCGUGUGUCUUUGUGCGGUUUUCACGCAUGUCCUUUCUCAGGAGGCCGAGGAGCCAGUCUACACAUGCACAGAAGGGUAUGAGUAUGACAGAGUCAGAGAGCAGUGCAGAGACAUCGACGAGUGUGCCUUGUUAGACGAUGCCUGCAAAGGAGGGAUGCAGUGUAUCAACCACUUUGGUGGAUACCUCUGCCUCCCCAAGAGCGCCGUCAUCAUCAUCAGUAAGGAGGGCGAGCAGGUGCCACUGCCGUUGCCGGACCCUGUCCCUCCCCUCCCUGUUGCCCCUGUUGUCCCACCGAGCCAGCCUCUGUCCCCGUGGACUUCAGGCAACCAGGGUGGUUCUCAAUCCAGCCGGACCAUCCGCUGUUCACCUGGAUACACUGCAGAUGAGCAGAACCUCUGCAGAGACAUAGAUGAAUGUGCGACAGGUAGACACACUUGUGGCCCCGAACAGACGUGCUACAAUACCAGAGGCUCCUACACCUGCCAGUGUCCUCUGGGCUACCAGAAAAAUGGAGACCACUGUGUAGACAGAGACGAGUGUGCCCUGACCCAACACUGCAUGCACAGAUGUGUGAACACACAGGGCUCAUACUACUGCGAGUGCAACGUAGGUCACAAGUUGGCCAGCAACAACCACAGCUGUGUUGAUGUGAAUGAAUGUGAUGUGGAGAAUCCCUGUCAGCACCACUGCUACAACCUGAUUGGCUCCUUCCUCUGCCAGUGUGAGCAGGGCUAUGAGCUGGCACAGGACACGGUCUCCUGUCAAGACAUUGAUGAAUGCAGCUUCUCCAGCUACAUGUGUCAGUACCAGUGUAUUAACAGCCCAGGAAGUUACUCCUGUGAGUGUCCAGAAGGAUAUCAGCUCCAGGGAAGCAGGGUGUGUCAAGACAUAAAUGAGUGUGAGACGGGGACCCAUAACUGCCAAGACGAUGAAAUGUGCUGGAACUAUUACGGAGGCUUCCGCUGCUAUCCCAGAAACCCCUGCGAGGCGCCUUACGCCAAAACCUCUGAAAAUCGCUGUAUCUGCCGGUCUCAGGCCGAGUGCCAGGGUCUCCCACCGUCAAUUGUCUACAAAUACAUGAGCAUCCAGGCGGACCGGGCGGUGCCAGCGGACAUCUUCCAGAUUCAGGCCACCAACAUGUACGCUAACACGCACAACACCUUCAGGAUCAAAGCUGGGAAUGAGGCAGGAGAAUUUUUCCUGCGGCGUUCCAGCAACGUGAGCGCCAUGCUGGUGCUAACCAAGAUUCUGACAGGCCCCAGGGAGUACGUCGUGGACCUGGAGAUGGUCACUCACCAUCUGACCAUGAACUACCGCUCCAGCUCACUGCUGCGGCUCACCAUUAUAGUCGGGCCCUACGCCUUCUGAGCGCCGCCAUCCCCAGCAGUCCACACAAGUCUGGUUCAGCAAACAUAGCAGUGUAACACAGCAGAUGCCUGUAUCAGCAUAACAUACUGUACAUUUCCAUACAUAUAAUACAACAUAGGCUGUCCCAGACUCAUACAGCAGCACAGCAGUUCCCAUAGGCAAGCUCAUGACAGACCAGCCCAUGCUGUAAUGUGACCACUGGGCAUCUUUUUCUCUCAAGGUGCUGGGAAGCAUUGUGAUGAAGGGUUUUAGUGUCCUGACGAAUCAAGCAUAACAGCACUUAACGAUAACACAUUUUCCAUCUUUAAAGUUGAAACAUUUUUUGACUUUAAGUGCCUGAAGUGGACACAAGAAAGAUACUGGAUGCAAGCAUUUUCACUUUCGCUGCUUCCAUACUAAAAACAAAUUGGUCAAACAGGAAAAGAGGCCUAGUGGACACACAUCCCAACUGUGAUGGAUUUUUUUUUGAUGCAGCUUUACCUACAUUUAUCACUUAGUUUCAGACCAGAACUGCUUACAAUAACCUGUGUGUGCGUCAGUGAAGCGCUCUGUUGUAAGAAAGAGAGAAAAAUCAUAUUUUCUAUAUAAAUGUACGUGACAAAUAUCCAAUAUGAGCAGCUUUUUUGAUACAAAAAUAAUUGACUGAGCUUCUGUUGAUAAAUGUUGUAGGGGUUAGUGCUGCUGCGCCACGCUGUUUGUGCAUGUUUCUGUAUAGUUUUACUCAUGAGUAAUAAUUUCCAGAGAAGUUCAGAAGUGUAAAGGGAGGGAAUUAGCCCGUUGGUUGAGAGAGUGCUAAACUUUGCAUGACAACAGGCUUGAUGCGCGUCGACUUUACUCGCAGGAGUUAAGUCAUGUACAUACCGAGGUAACAAAUCUGUGUGGAUGUUUGUGUAUGUGUGUGUGUGUGUGUGUGUGUGUGUGUGCCUGGCUUUGUUUAUGCAUGCAAGCGAGUGAAAGUGUGAACCACAGAGGGAGAGAAAGGGAAAGAGUGAGAAGGAGCUUGUUCUCUCCCCCCAGGUUCGGUGGAUGUGGUUGAGCUGUUAAUGCGUUUCUGUGAUGCCAUCCUCGCCGCCCUCGGUCACAGAGGCAAUAACAGAGAUUUCUUUUUUUUUUAACUCGAGAACACGCACAGGAAAUGACGGCUUUCAUAACACGCUGACCGCUCACCGGUGCCACGGCGAUUCUCCAGAGGGAGCAGCCGAGCUUUCUAAUGUCGGUCCCAGUCAAGAAGUCACACUGGCACCGGGCUGGCUUGCGUGAUAAACAUAAUUGCAGUGCUUUGCCCUGUAGCUGGUUCAUGUGUGACACAGGGGAUUAUUAAAGUGUUAAUACAAUGCCACCAUGCUUUUUGGCAGAAUGAGAAAUCUUUCACUACCUGCUUUGCCUUUUCCCGACUCCGCGUGUCUGCUCUGGCUUAUUGCUGAAACACUGUACACUGUAGCACUGAAAACCACAUUGAAAACCAACAUGUUGUCACCACCUCAAGUGUAGAAAGUCAUCCAUCUUUUUAUGUGGUUUCAGCAGCGAUCGUGCCAUAGUGCCUUAGGGGUAUAAACACAAAUAACACUAAUCUUAUCACUCAUGCUGUCAAGACUUCCCUCAAUGAAAUGCCUUAAUGUUUUUCUCUUCUAUUUAAAAUAUAUUUUGUCAUAUGUAUCUUAUAUUGAUUGUACUCUGAAGAGCAAAAGUUAUAUUGUUGAAUAAAAUAUGAUGGAUAAAUGGG